AUGGCCUGUCCGUACGUGUAGUGUUUGCCUAAGCUCGUUUAGAUUGUUAAAUGUAGGUAUUUAAAAACAGUUUUAAUGGUGAUAACUGAUGUGUAAAUACUUUUUACUUCAGUUCAUGGCGAUAUUUUACCACUGAAAUGGGGGGCCAGCAAGGGAAAGAGCGUCACUGUACUAUAAGUGGCGGCGGCACAUUGACAAGAGCAAGUAGAGCAAAAUACCGCUCGGGGAAAGACGUUCGUUCUGCCAAUAUCUUCACUGAACAUAACGAAGCUUUGAUGGCAGCUCGUCCUCUCCCUGAGCUACCAAGCAUGUUGACCCCACAAGGCGGUCCUGGCCCUCCAGGCUUGACUCAGCAACAUCUGGAUGCUAUGACUGGAGGUGUUGCUGGUCCUUGUUUUAACUCUGCUCUUCAACAUGCUCAGCAUCCCCCCGCUUCUCUGGCUCACACAAUGCCACACGGCAUGGGGCAGGCCCAGCACCACACUCAGCAACAAGUCAACGCCCAUGUCAUUUCUCAUACUUCUUCACUACACAGCACCCCAAUGACUCCAGCUUCUUCAGUUGUCACCACACCAGGCACAGGGUUGGAUUCAUCUUCCUCGAGCUCAGCUGUGCGAUGGCACUCAAGGGAAGACUUGCUGGCGCAGGAGGAGGAGGCUGGCGACCCCCAGCUUUUUGUAGCUCUAUACGAGUUCAGAGCGCAGGGAGAAAAUCAACUGUCUCUUAGGAAAGGCGAGCAGGUGCGCGUGUUGUCCUACAACAAGACAGGCGAGUGGUGUGAGGCUCACUCCAGCGCAGGCGAGGUGGGGUGGGUUCCCUUCAACUACAUCACACCCGUCAACAGCUUAGAGAAGCAUAGUUGGUAUCACGGCCCCAUCUCCCGCAACACGGCCGAAUAUUUGCUGUCAUCAGGCAUCAACGGAUCCUUCCUGGUGCGCGAGAGUGAGAGCAGUCCUGGCCAGCGCAGCAUCUCCCUGCGCUGGGACGGCCGUGUUUAUCACUACAGGAUAAACGAAGAUGACAUGAACAAACUGUACGUAUCAAGCGAGUUUAGAUUCCCAACACUGGCUGAGUUGGUGCACCAUCACUCACAGCACUCAGACGGACUCAUCACUCAGCUGCUCUAUCCCGCCCCUAAACGCAACAAGCCAACCGUCUUCGGCCUGACCCCUGAGCCUGAUCAGUGGGAGAUAAUGCGCACCGACAUCGCCAUGAAGCAGAAGCUUGGAGGCGGGCAGUACGGCGACGUCUACGAGGCGCUAUGGAAGCGCUACAAUGUCACGGUUGCCGUCAAAACACUGAAGGAAGACACAAUGGCUCUGAAAGAUUUCCUGGAGGAAGCGCGAAUAAUGAAGGAAAUGAAGCACCCUAACCUGGUGCAGUUGCUGGGUGUGUGUACGCGCGAGCCUCCCUUCUACAUCGUGACGGAGUUCAUGUCGCGCGGCAACCUCCUAGACUACCUCAGGUCUUGCUGCCACACGGACGUCAACGAGGUCGUUCUCCUCUACAUGGCCACGCAGAUAGCUGCCGGCAUGAAGUUUCUUGAGGCUCAUUCUUUUAUUCAUAGGGACCUGGCUGCACGUAACUGUUUGGUGGGGGAGAACCACCUGGUGAAGGUGGCAGACUUCGGCCUGGCGCGCCUCAUGCGUGACGACACGUACACUGCGCACGCCGGGGCAAAGUUCCCCAUCAAAUGGACGGCUCCAGAGGGCCUUGCUUAUAACAAAUUCUCCACCAAGUCGGACGUUUGGGCAUUCGGAGUGUUGCUGUGGGAGAUAGCCACUUACGGCGUGUCUCCGUACCCUGGCGUGGACCUCACUAAUGUGUACCAUCUACUCGAGUCAGGGUACCGCAUGGACUGCCCCCAAGGCUGCCCUCCCACCAUAUACGAGCUCAUGAAGCAGUGCUGGAUGUGGAGUCCUGCCGACCGUCCUUCCUUCAGCCACAUCCACCACGCACUCGAGACCAUGUUUCAGGAGACUUCCAUCACGGACGAUCACCGCAGCAACAGUAAAGGUGGCGACGAGAGCCCCACGCUGGGGCGCAGUGGUGAGCGCAGUGGAGGGUCGGGUGUGGUGACGCCCUCAGGUGGGGGUGGUGAGGUGGGCAAGAGUUCGGUGGUGCAGCUCAGGACGCGACCCACCAACAAGCGGGGCAAGCAGGCACCCGCCCCACCUAAACGCACCAGUUUCGGGGUUUGCUUCAGUUCGUUUCGAGAGAGCGGCGGCGGCAGCGACGGCACCCCUGAGAUGUCGCCAGGUGGCCAGAUGAUGCACAUGCCACCACACAUGGUGGGCAAGAGUUCGGUGGUGCAGCUCAGGACGCGACCCACCAACAAGCGGGGCAAGCAGGCACCCGCCCCACCUAAACGCACCAGUUUCGGGGUUUGCUUCAGUUCGUUUCGAGAGAGCGGCGGCGGAAGCGACGGCACCCCUGAGAUGUCGCCAGGUAGCCAGAUAAUGCACAUGCCACCACACCAUCUGCAACAUCAUCUGCAGCAGCAACACCACCUGCAGCAGCAUUCUCACCUCUUGCAUGAAGACUCCCCAGAAUUUAAUGGAGUGCAGCGCGACGGGGUAGACCUGGCGUCGAGCAAUGACGCUGAGAGCGAAGGAGGUGGCGGGGGUGUGGCCGACAACAACACUCCUGACACCGACGACUCCAGAGGGGGUCUACAGUUCCCUCGUAGGGGCGACACUGCUCAUUCAUCCUUCAAUCGCGGUGUUGUACGCACGAGCAGCGGCGGCAGCGGCAGACGCAGCAAGCAAGACAAGGCAGACCCUCACGGCAGCGGCCGUACCGUCACCGUAGCGACGCUCGAGGUGCACAACGUGCGUCGUGCUAUUACCAGGUACGGCACCCUGCCAAAAAAUGCUCGUAUUGGCGCUUACUUGGAGAGCCUGCGCAAGAGCGGCCUGCAGCACGGGGUGGUUCCUUCGAACGACGACUCUAUGCUCCCCGACCACCCCACCUACGAGUAUGAGGCCCACCCUAGUGCCAUGCCAGAACCCAUGCUGCACUACCAACAGUAUUCUGCUCCAGGCCACGACUCCAAGAAGGACCCAUUUUCUGUAGCCAUGAUUCGCAGUAACUCAACGCAAGGCAGUUUUGUCCCGCAGAGUCCUCUGCUCAGUAGACUUAGUCCUCGUGGUAGCGUGCAACAAAGGAGUGAUCGAGACCGCAGAGGUCACAUCAAAGACUUCUCUUCCAUUGCUGUCAACCACCACACACCCAUCACUCAUUUAGAGUUCCCUCCACCUCCCAGUGAUUUGCCUCCCCCUCCUGAUGAUUUCUUGGAAGACAUCAACGCUUCAGGGUAUUCAUUGGAGUUUCCUCCGCCACCUUCAUCAGAUUUGCUUCCGGCUUCGCCAGAACAUCGUCGAAAAUUCCACUCAGGCAGACCUUUGCCGUCGCCGCGGUCUCGACGCAAGGAUCCCCCUGCGUCUGCACACCGCUCAUCAAAUCGCACUGACCGAUCUGAAUAUGACGUCACAACAUGGAAAGUGGAUGACACAGUACCAUCUCCACAGCCGGAACGUGCGCCCUUCUCAGUCACGCGUCGCAGGUUGAAAGACUCCGAAGGCAAACGGCCUCCGGUAAAAGCUAAGCCCCAAAUAGAUGCUGCACCGGACGGGACCGAUACUAGUGACGGUAGCCCAGCGUUGAGGUUUGGUGUUAAUCUCCGACACCGAGAUCAGAGUUCAGAUUCUUGUGACAGCAUCAAGUCGUGCGAAAAUUUGUCUCCUAGAUCUGCCCUACAAGGUUCUAAAUCUAAUUGGUCUUUGACUCGAAGUCCGGGUUCCUCUUCCGCCGAAACAAUCGACACUCCCCCGUCUCCUUCUGGCUAUGUUGGGAAUAGUGCAGAAACUCCCUCCACAGUCACGGGAACACAACACCAUUCUGCAUCGAAUGGUAAGAAUAAGAACGCCACAACUGCUUCUCAGUCAGUAUCUUCCCGGGAAAACUUGGACACAGACGAGUCAGCGCCUGAUACGACUCAGGCUGGCCAGCUCGUUUCAGAACUUUUUGAGAGCUUGCGGCAAAAAACUGGACCUCCUCCACCGGAUAACGGUAAUGUGAAGCCAAUUUCUUCAGUUACUGACGGCAAUCUUAAUUCGGUCAAAGAUAAAGCGGCCUCUGAUCCGCCUGCACCCUUUGCAUCUAAUCUUAAAAAGAGUAAGCAGGCUUGUCCUGAGAGAACUGAAAAUGCUGCUAAUCAACCAAGUAUCGAUUUCAAGUCGAAACUUAGAAAAACUGAAGUGAGCAAGUCAGGGCCUGAACCAACAGCAGCAGCUGAGGGAGACUCGCACAUCGUUGAUUUUCGGUCUCAACUUCGUCGAACCCACGUAACCAAAGAGGAGAAUGGCGACUGCAAGGAUUCCAAUGCCAUUGACGAAGAUCCGCAACAACCACUUUGCCAUACGAACAACGUCAACUAUUCUAGUCAAGUUCACGAGGAUGAGAUGAACAAGAAAAACUGCUACGAAGACAAUGUUCACCGAAACAGCAUUGAUGGCUCUUCAGACAAACGCGACAGCGGUAAUUCCGACUCGCUUAAAGCUGACGACGAUCCCAAGCGUUUCAGCUCUAGUAGCAUAAGUAACCUAAAGAAGCUGUGGGAGAAGCAAGAAGAAGAGAAGGAGGGUACCUCCUCAACCAAACAAGAUGCCAAUCAAACUAGUCCUAAGUAUGCGCCCAGCUUCUAUCAGAAGCCUGAAUUCCCCAAAGAAAAAGACCAAGCAACUUCCUUGAAGGUAAGCCCUGAUGGAGAAAAGGUUGGUAAACUUGAAAGACGAGUUUGGCCGCCUCCUAUGGAUGGCAAACCUACUGUCCCUACUAAACCCAGCGUAAAAAAUCUACGGCCGCCGCCACCUUCCGGCGGUGGUAUAAAAUUGCCACCCCCUAAGCCAGGUGGUAUUUAUGCCACCCCGUCCUUCGUGAAGCAGUCUUCAGCCUCGUCUAAAAAGGACAAGGAUGGAACAAAAAUGUCCAGAUCAUGCAUUGAAUUUAAUAAGCCUAAAAGCCAGAAGAACGCAGAUCCAUCAAAGGAUUCCUAUGGUGGUAAAUCUAAGCAUUCGUCUACAAAAAUUUCAAAGUUGACCCACCGAACUGAUAGCUAUGAAAGUAACGGCAAUGGGUCGGACAGCAAUGGCGAUGGCAGCUCCACGGACCGCACUAAAAUGAUGGAAGAAACUCGUAAAGUGGAAGACGCCGUCACGAAAACCCUCUGCCCGGGUGCACCUCUUUCGUCAAGCGCCUGCAUUCAAUUAGUGCUGCAGCUGGAACAAUUCCAGAUGUGGUGCAGCAGCUAUGUGGACCACAUGCCUCCUCAGAACAGAUUUCAGCUUUUAGAAAUGCUGGGUAGACUUGACAAUGAAGUGCGACAGAUGAGAGUUAAAGGUGGCAGUCGUUCCCCGGAUCAUGCCGCGUCCGCGGGUCAAGUAUACGCGUCUUCUAAAGGCGCCAACGGCUCGAGCUCGCAGUUCCCUCAACUUGUCGCCACCGUCAAAGAUAUUUGUGCCACUCUUAGACGAUAAAGUCUUUGGUAUGGUUUUAAGUGCUGCCGUCUUUUGGAUUUUCAGCCUUAUAUAUUAGUGGCUUUUGCUAUUUAUUUUGUGGCAUAUGUGUGAAUUUUACGGUUAUCUACAGCUAUUAAGUGUACGUCGCAACAUACGUCACGUGUUCCAGUUCUUCUAGUAAGAGAACGUAUUGCACGUCUGCUUUUUGAGACAAGCGCCAAUACGUUUCGAUAUCGACCUUUAGCUGCUAAUUUUUAGGCCAAGAAGUUCAGUGUGGCUGGAAUGGAUUUUUUCAUCAUUUUAUCUAUGGUAUUUAAGUAAGCAAAGAAAGUGUUCAUUGUAUGCUCGUAAGGCGCUAUUGAGA